CCCCGCGUCCCCAGAGUUGCCGGGCAACAUCCUCCACUCGUUGUCAUCAUCGUCGUCGUCGUCGUCAUCAUGAGUGGCAGCCCCUCCACCUCCGUCUCUUCAGCUUCGGGAGUUGACGAGGAAGCUUUGGCGGUGAGGCCUGUGCCUCUGCUGCUGCGUCUCUUGCGCUCUGUCGGUGCGACAGGCGACACGUUCACGCUGCCGCAGGUCUUCCAUCACCUGGGCGGCUACAUCAAGACGAAGCAACUCUACGACAAGCGGAGGCUACACAUGGUGCACUGCAAGGGCGACCCUCUGGGGGAGCUGUUCGGCGUGGAGAGCUUCUCCCUCAAAGAGCCGAGCUCGUCCCCCAGGUCGCUGGGCGCUCUCCUGGCCAAGGCGCUCUGCAGAGCCACCACCGACAGACGCAAAGGUGGAGCCAGGCCCCGGCAAGAUCACGCGGCGGGAGCCGUGAAGGGAAGCUCAUUGGCGACGGCCGACGGAGACAAGCGGCAGGUGAGUUUGGCGGUGGCGUUACGAGCACAUCGGAGCGCGCGUGCGCUCGCGCGUGCGGCCGGUGCGAGCGUGGGGAUCGGUGGCCCACACACGCUUUGAUUGACUUUUCCGUGUUUUUCAUAAAAGUAAGUCUCUCACAGCAGCGUAGCUACGCACAGCCUCCUCACCCAGCCCCUCCCCAUCCUCCCACCCAGCCCCACCCAGCCCCACCCUCCCCUCUCCACCCAGCCCCA